CUGUGCGAGGCCGUUCGCCAGCCGCCCAUCACUUCUGAGGGGAAGUGGAGGGACUGUCAUGUCUUGUGCCAAGCAGGAGCCAGGCAGCUACUAUGUGGGCGUGGAUGUUGGAACAGGCAGUGUCCGUGCAGCUCUGGUGGACCAGAGCGGGGUGCUCUUGGCUUUUGCAGACCAGCCAAUUACCAAAUGGGAGCCUCAGUUCAACCACCAUGAGCAGUCAUCUGAGGAUAUCUGGGCCGCUUGCUGUGUUGUCACAAAGAAAGUUGUACAAGGGAUCAAUUUAAGCCGGAUUCGAGGACUUGGGUUUGAUGCCACGUGUUCUUUGGUUGUCUUGGAUAAGCAGUUUCGCCCUUUACCUGUGAACUGUGAAGGGGAUUGCCAUCGAAACAUCAUCAUGUGGCUGGACCACCGAGCUGUCAGUCAGGUCCAAAGGAUCAACGAGACCAAGCACAGUGUUCUUCAGUAUGUGGGGGGCCUGAUGUCUGUGGAAAUGCAGGCCCCAAAGCUCCUGUGGCUAAAAGAGAACUUGAAAGAGACUUGCUGGGAUAAGGCGGGAUAUUUCUUUGAUCUACCAGACUUUUUAUCGUGGAAAGCAACAGGUGUCACAGCACGGUCUCUCUGUUCCCUGGUGUGUAAAUGGACGUACUCAGCAGAGAAAGGCUGGGAUGACAGUUUCUGGAAGAUGAUUGGUUUGGAAGACUUUGUUGCUGAUAACUACAGCAAAAUAGAUAAGGAAACUGAAGCUCAGAAAGUGGGACCCGCUACUCCAUCAUCUUUGUUUCCUCAAGUCUUUAAGCCUUCUUAUGAACACUCUCUGUCUCUGUGA